AUGAAGCUCCGGUUCUUCAGCUGGUUCUCCGUGUGAUUUAGUGGCUGGAGUUGGAUUUUAGUUUGUAACUCUGUGAAACGUAGCAGGAACCUGGUUUCUUUCAAUGCUGUUGGAGAGAGGAACCGCAUAGUAGCCGCAGAGCUUUUGUGAGCAGAAACACAGCUGAGGUGAUCGUCACCGUUCUUGAAGAAACGCCAUCAUGCCUAUUCCACCUCCACCUCCUCCCGGACCUCCACCUCCUCCUUCCUUCAGCCAGGCUAACGCUGCGCCUCCCAAGAUGUCACGUGAUGAAGCUAAAGGAAGAGGAGCUCUGCUGUCGGAUAUAUGCAAAGGAGCCAAGCUGAAAAAAGUCACAAACGCCAAUGACAGAAGCGCACCCAUCAUUGAGAAACCUGGAGGGGGUGGAGGUGGCGGCAGUAGUGGAGGAGGAAGCGGAGGGGGCUUAGGUGGCAGUUCUGGCCCGAUGCCAAUGGCAGGCCUGUUUAGCGGAGGAGUGCCUAAACUUCGUCCAGUGGGAGAGGGUACCGCUGGCAGAGCAGCACUGCGGCCUCCAGGUUCCCGUCCUCCUCUUCCUCGUCCAACGAGCCAACAGGCCAAUGAAGAGCGCGCCUCGCCACCUGAGCGACCCAGGAAUGCCCGCCCUUCUCUACCUGACAUUUCGAAACCGAGCGGUGGCAACACCAAACCCAACAACCCCGCCCCUCCUCCACCUCCGCCUUUCAAUCGACGUGCCAAUAAUCCUCCUCCUGCUCCCAGUCCGAGCUCUGGUCGCUCUUAUGGGCUAGAGAAGCCCCUCCCACCCCCGAGUGCAAACAGAGCCCCUCCUCCACCAUCACCUGCCCGCGAUGCCCUGUCAAAACCCACUUCUCGCUCUUCCCCUGCGAUUUCUUCAUCUCUACCGCCGCCUCCUCCUUACCGACAGCCCCCUUCGGUGGCUAACGGUGACCCACCUCCUGAGUUGCCACAGAGGCGGAACUCGCUUAACAGGCGAACUAAUGGGAACACUCGUACUCAAGCCCCACCCCCACCACCACCCCCUUCCCAGCAAAGCAGUCGGCCACCACCACCAUCUCGAGAACCUCCAGGACGACGAGGAGGCCAAGCUCCUCCUUCUUCAUCUCGGAACGGGAACCGUGACGCUCCUCCUCCUCCUCCAACCCGCAUGCAAAGCGGAACCUCUCAGAAUUCUUCGGAAAGCCGGACGAGGCCCCCACCACCCUUCUCCUCCGGUCGCCAGCAUUCAUCCCAUCCACCGCCACCUCCACCGAUGCGCAACGGACACACGUCAGUCUCUAGGGCUUUCAGCGAUGAUUUCGAGUCCAAGUACUCCUUCCAUCCUAUUGAGGAUCUGCCACCUCCAGAUGAGUACAGACAGUUCACAAAGGUCUAUCCCAGUAAAUCCAAUAAAGCCAUGACUCGAGGAGCUCCACCUGCACCACCUGUCGGGAGAUGAUCUGCUUUGAAAGAGGAAAACGGCUAAACGUUUCAAAUCUAUUACACACACACACACACACACACACACACACACACACACACACACACACACACACACACACCAUCACCAUCACCAUCACCAUCACAGCUGUAUGCAAAAAAGACCAGCAGAAUGCAAACUGAAACUUUACCUGGCUAAGUAAAAAAUUUCUCAGGUGAAGAGGAUUUAUGCUAAUAAAAAUAUUAAUAAUAAUACUAAUAAAUUCUUUAUAUUAAAAAACAGAAAGUAACCAAACUUUUGCACAUGUUUAGAAUUUGCGUUUUGCAAAUGAACACUAACUAUGCAUUCCAAGUGAGAGACGCUUAAUAAUAAUAAUAAUAAUAAUAAAAUGAAUGUUUUAAGCACACUACAUGAUACCGAACCCGCUCCAGUCUGAUGCAUCUCUCGACCAGAAAACACUGUGCAGUGUCACGGUCCUAAUCAAUUCAUAUACAAACACUCAGACUUCAGAGUAUUAUGAGGACCCAAGCUAUACAACCUACUAUAUUUUUAUAUAUAUUUACACAUACAUACAUACAUAUGUGCAUUCCACUUUCUCUGUGGAGUUUAUACUGUAGUACCAUUUUUGUAGCACUUGUGAAUCGAGAUUAACGCAUAAGAGAAUCAGUCGACAAUCACUGCGUUCUGAUUUUUAAAGAGAAAAAAAGUCAUUUUUUCCCGUUAGGGGUUCCAUGUGUAGUUAUAAGAAAUCUUUUUUUUUUUUAUAACUUUUUACUUAAAAAAAUUAAAAAUAGGAAAAAAAGAAAAAGGGAUCCUGUAGAUUAUUUGAUCACCAUGACUGGUCUAGACAGAUUUUUUUAAUAGUGCACAUCAUGACUUCCGAACACCGUAUCUAAGCAACUGUGCAGAUUACUUUGCGAAGAACGUGGUUUGCAGGAUCCGGUGUGAACACAAUAUUUCUGUCUGUGAAAAGGGAUUUUUUUUUUAUUAUUAUUUUUUUUUUAACGAUGACAAACUUAGCAGAUCCUAACCACUUAUUUAGAACUGACCAAAUACACGAAGUGCCACUAAGCUCACGGUAUUUACAGUAGGCCCUGCCAUGUUUGUAUGAAGGGCCUGUUUGUUGUCUUUGUGGGGUGCAAACUGUGCUGCUGAAAACACCGUCUUCUCUGUUCGUACUUUCAAAUUACUGAUUUACACGUCACGCUCUGGCGUAUCUGACUGUUUCCAAUUUGUCACUAAUUUACUGGUACAGAUGCUUUUUUUUUUAUGAUUCUAUGUGGAUGGUUAACUCUAAAUGUGAUGUAUAAUACACAAUAUGUAAAAAUGUGUAAUAUAGAGAAUCAAACAAACUAUAAGUGAACAUAUUACAUUAAAAGUUUAUUAAUGACAAUGAGGUGAAGGGUUCGUGUUUUUCCUCGGACCCUUUUCCAUGGGUGGUUCUUUAUCUUUAUUGUUCGUUGAAAUAAGUCGCCAUGACCUGCCAUAUGUUCAUGCUGAAACUGGGGAUUGUGUGUAUGACUUUUAUUAAGUUUUAAAUAAAAUUGGUUAUGGGGAGUAAAUAA